ACGGCUGUCUGGACUUAAUAAAUGGGUCAAAAGAAGAUGUGCAGUGGUGUUCCUAAUAUUCGAGCGCAUUUUUACUGAAGUUGAGGGUGAACCCAUCAGAACAGAAUACCUACUUCCUUUUUGCCUGGCGCAUUCUUCUGUGAGUAAUUGGGACUCAAGAGGACACCAGAACUGUCCUCACCAUUUCUUUUCUCAUCAGAGGAAGCACGUCACGAAAAUGAGUGGGGUAGAACCCAACUACACAGAAUAUCCAGACUACACAUUUGAUUAUGAUAAAAUUACAUCACCAUGUGACAAGGGGGAAGUCAGAAACUUCACAAAAGUAUUUUUGCCAAUUGCAUACUCAAUUAUGUGUGUCUUGGGCUUAGUGGGUAACAUCUUUGUAGUGAUGACCUUUGCUUUAUAUAAAAAAACCAAGUCUAUGACCGAUAUAUACCUCUUCAACAUGGCCAUAGCAGACAUAUUGUUUGUUCUCACUCUUCCAUUCUGGGCAGUAAAUUAUGCUGCUGAAAAAUGGAUCUUUGGUGACUUCAUGUGCAAAAUUACCAGAGGUAUUUAUGCAAUCAACUUCAAUUGUGGUAUGCUGCUCUUGGCCUUUAUCAGUAUGGACCGAUACAUUGCUAUUGUACAGGCAACAAAGUCAUUUAAACUUCGGGCUAGAACGCUAGCAUACAGUAGACUGAUCUGUUUGGUUGUAUGGGUAUCGUCAAUUUUAAUUUCCAGUUCCACUUUCAUGUUCAGUCAAAGCUACAGCCACGCCGUCAAUGAAACAGAAAAGAUUUGUGAACACAGAUCCAAUACAGAGACCAAAGGCACUGUGUUGAAAUUAUUGCUGCUGGGUAUGCAACUUGCAUUUGGAUUUUUUAUCCCUCUGCUGUUUAUGGUAUUUUGCUAUGCAUUCAUUGUCAAAACCUUGGUGAAAGCUCAGAAUUCCAAAAGAAACAAAGCAAUAUGUCUGAUUAUAUUAAUUGUCAUUGUUUUCCUGGUUUGUCAAGUACCAUAUAACAUGGUUCUUCUUGUGACUGCCAUAAAUAUGGGUAAAUUAAAUAAAAAGUGUGAUAGUGAAAAGCAAAUAGCGUUUGCAAGGUACAUUACAGAAACCCUGGCCUUCUUCCAUUGUUGUUUGAACCCAGUGCUCUACGCAUUUAUUGGGGUGAAAUUUAGAAGUUACUUUGUGAAUAUGAUGAAGGAUCUGUGGUGCCUGAGAUACAAGAAAUACAAGACCAAGAGUUCAAAGAUAAGUUCUGAUACCUAUCACUCAAGGCAGACAAGUGAAAUUAUGAGUGACAAUGUGUCAUCCUUUACUAUGUAAUAUGACUUCAACAUUAUUACGAAGGAGUUUUGAUUAUAUUCAUCCAACAAUGCAAACCAAUCUCAUUAUUCAUGUCACAGCCAGUGAUUUUGACUUUCCGACACCCUAAAUAGUAGUUUCUAUGAUCUGCAGCUCCCUCCAUCAAAACAAUUAACAUAAACAGAAGAAUAACACGACUAUGGAAAACUUGUAUUAAUCACUGUCUAGCUAAUGUUUAUGCUGUUUUCAAAUACAGGCACUUAAAAUCCUCCAGAGAGCUAAAUUUAUCAAGCAACUUCCUUGAUUCUAAUGAAAAAUUGCAAGUUUGUUUUGAACAUGGCCUUGGUAUUUUGGUUUUAAAUCAGGGCUCAACUCAGUAUCUCAUAUCAUAACAACAAUUUUAAUAGAAUAACAACAAUUUUAAAAGAAUCAGAGAGGCAAAUUCACCACCAACCCAACUCCAUUUAUACUUAUGUUAUUAUUAAUUAUUUAUAUUGCAGUAAUGUCUCGAGGUCCUGACUAAGACUGGGACCCCUUUCUGCUAGCAUUGUACGUACACAUAGUAAGAGACAGUCCCCGCACCAACGAGCUUGCAUACUGAAUAGCCAAGACAGAGAAUGGGAAGGGACAUGAUCAAGCCCACAUAGUAGGGCUGUGGAAGAAUGGUCUCCUGAGUCCCCGGGCAGUGCAGUGCCCUAACUACUGACUGCUGCCUCCCUAUAUAAUCGUGUCUUCUUAUGUCAGCACUGAAUUGUCCAGAGCCAAUACUACCAUGGCUACUGAAGGGACUAGUUUGUUUUUUUAAAACUACACACUGAAAGGUUUGGGAACAUCUCCUCAGUUUUUAUCAUCUGUGGAACAGAAAAUAAGGUUUAUUUGAGAAGAGAUAUUUUCCUGAUUUGGCAGUGGAACUUCAGGUUUUCGACUCUCCGAAACUGACCAUUUUGUAAAUUUGUCCUUGCGAAAAGCCAAAACACCACUCUGAAUAUUUUUCUGUUUUCUUUAUUAAAUGAAAUUUUAAAUUCACAUGAGUGAUUUCUGUUUUUCAAUGAAGAUGGCCUAACAGGGCAGUAUUUGGCUCACUUGAUACUCUGGUAUUUUAUUUUAUUUUAUUUUAUUGGACAAACGACAUGGAGAAAAAUCCUGAAGUUGUUUCUCAGUCCUGAUUAGUCAUUAAAAUUCCUGUUGGGCUCAAUUGUGCUACCUGCUAAACUGAUGCAAAUCUGGACUAACUCCACAGACUUCAGAAAUUACUCUGAUAUGAUUGAGAGCAGAAUUUGGUUCAUUGACUGCAAUGUAAAGUCUGCCAGAGUUAAUACUGAGUAAGGACUUCAGUAUUUGACCCGUUAUGAAUAAACCUUCAAUACUUAUACAAUAAACUGUAAAAUUAUUAGUCAGUGCUGGAGACAUACAGUGCAACCUAAUCAUGAUCCAGCAUAAAACGGGGAUACAUCUGUUAUGCAAUUUAGCUAUUUCUCACCUUUUAUAUUUACACAAGUUUUCAGCAAUAAAGAUUCAGGAUGAAACUUAACGGAUUUUUAAGUUAUGCACAACACUCAGGAAAAUAUGUAAAUAACACAGCUACUUAAAAUGGUUGUUACAGUUUCUUUAAUACUUCUGUUUAGUUAAUUAAAAGUUCUGUUUGUUAUGGGAGCUCAUAAAAUUGUAACAGCGGUCAGAAGAGAAUAAGAGAAGAAGUCCCACCCCUUCAUAAAUGGGAUUGGUAGGAGAAUAUUCUAGACAGGAGCUUGGAAUCUUGGAGGGAAUGAUUUUGGUUCUGAAGUGUAGCAAGCAAGCAAUUUCAGUCUGAAAUGGAGUGUGGGGGGGAAGGAGUAGAAAGGAGCAAAAGCAGCUGCUUUGCUUCAAUCUCUACAAGCACAGCUUCUUUGCAGAACAGCUGAAAUGUGGGGAAGUGGCUAGCUAGGUCCCGACAGGUGUCUGGGGAAUAGUUUCUGCAUGUGGACUGUUCCCUUCUCAGAUCAGUAUAAGUUCUGGCUUUGGCAGAGUAACUACCCUCGCAUGAUUCUAACUGGCUGCAGAAGGGGGAAGCAGGCUGGAGCCAGCAAAGUGCCUGCCAGGGGCAGCAUGUCAGGGCCAAGAGCUGUGCUGCUGGUGCUGAUGGAGUACUGAGGGAGAGCACAGGUGGGACAUGCUACAUGGGGACUGUUCACAUUGGAGCAAUUUAUCGACGUUUGUAAAGUAGUUUGAGAUUUUCAGAUAUAAAUGUUAAAUCUAUUUUUUUCAUAAGAACGGCCAUAUUUCAGACCAAACGUCCAUCUAGCCCAGUAUCCUGUCUUCCGACAGUGGCCAGUGCCAGGCGCCCCAGAGGGAAUGAACAGAACAGGUAAUCAAGUGAUCCAACUCCUGUCGCUCAUUCCCAGCUUCUGGCAAACAGAGGGUAGGGACACCAUUCCUGCCCAUCCUGGCUAAUAGCCAUUGAUGGACCUAUCCUCCAUGAACUUACCUACUUCUUUUUUUUUAACCCUGUUAUGGUCUUGGCCUUCACAACAUCCUCUGGCAAGGAGUUCCACCGGUUGACCGUGCACUGUGUGAAAAAAUACUUCCUUUUAUUUGUUUUAAACCUGCUGCCUAUUAAUUUCAUUUGGUGACCCCUAGUUCUUGUGUUAUGAGAAGCAGUAAACAACACUUCCUUAUCUACUUUCUCUACACCAGUCAUGAUUUUACAGACACCAGUCUGAAUUUUCUGACACUCUCUUCAAAUUUAGAAAUUAGAUAUGGCUUUUAUUGUUAAUUAACUGUAAAUUAUACAAACACGAUACAAAAAUACAUAUAUAUUAAUACAUAUAUUUACUCAUAUAUAGCAAAGCAUUCUUACUAGUAGACAUUCCAGCAAAUAAAACUUUGAUAACUGAUUGGCAGAAAAAUAAUACAGUUCCGUCUUCAUUAUCCUAACGUUAAAUAACUGAAACAGGGUCACUUGAUUACAUUGAAAAUUCCUUAUUCAUCUUAAAAACUCUGUUAUAGAGCCUAUUCAAUGUUUUCUCCUUCCCUUAUCAUUAGAUACAAGACUCUGAAGUGUGUUUUGCUGUUUUAUAGUAGAAAAUAGUAUUUAAAAUGUGUAUAAUAUUACUUCUAUGAUUUUUGCAAAUGAACCUGCAACUGUAACAGAUUUCCUAGGUAGCGUUUGAAAAACCUGUAUAAAUAAGAUAUGCUUAUUAUAGUUUAUAUUCUGUGUAUAUUAAAAAAGAUAAACUCCUUA